UUUCCUCCAUCAAGACCAAUCACACCUCAACCAACAGGUUCAAGCUUAUUUGAUGAGUUGAGACAGGCUACAUCACAAUUAUAUCCGCAAACAUCUUCGACGCAAACGUUUCUGGAGGAAGUGAAAAAUCACGACUCAUCAUCAUCUCAAACUUUUCAAUUAACUCCAUCUGAACCUCAAAGCGUUAAUCCGUCAACGCCUCAAUCAUCACCGAUUUCACCCUCCUCGUUGCCACCCCUCCCCCCCUCAACGCCAUCAACCCCAAUUUUUUCUUCAACUCCAAUGACUCAUUUAUCUUCACAACACACAAAUUCUGUUGAAAAUGCGUCAUCACCGGUUCCUACCGAGGGUACAUUAAAAAUACCGCCAAUUUCUCCAUCAAUCACACCUACUUCGACAAUACCAAAAUCUCCUAUUCUAAGAUCUCAAGUUAAAAGAAAAACGCCACCGCCAUUGCCUCUUUCGUCAACUGUUGGAAGACCCCCGCCACUUCCACUUCCACCAACUUGGCCUACACUUAAAAAGAUCAACAAGUAUGAGCCUAAAAAAGAUGAAUUAUCAGAUAUAUCAUUACAUCAUCGCCAGUCAAAACCCAGAAGUAUUUCCGAAGGCAAUGACGAUGGAAUUGUUAUCAAUAAAGAGAAGAAUCAACAAACUUUCCGUAGUAAAUCAACAUCCGAAGAUGAUGGUCUUAGCAAAAUUAAAUUCGAUAUACCAUUAAAUAAGGACUACGAAAAAGAAAAGAGCCGAGCUGAUCAAGAUGAAGAUUUGUCUGUUCUCAACUCAGAGACGAGUAUAGCUUUAGUAAGGGGACAUGAUGCUUCUUUGGUGGUACCGAGCAAUAUUAAAAUAGAAAAUAAACAUGGAGUAGCUGAUCACACGAAGACUAUGAAAAAUAAUGAUCUUCAAGAGACGAUAUUGGAAAAGGAUAAAUACAAUAGAGUGAAUAGUAGUGAUGACGAAGUGAAUGGUUUUGGUGUGGACUUUCAGAACCAAAUUAGAAUAACAAAUAAAAUCGAAAAUCGAGAGAUAAUUUCUAAUUAA